AUGAACACGAAGAAUAACGUUGUUGAAGAUGUGUCAACAUUCUUUGUCUUUGAAGCGUCUGCAGAUUCCGAGACCCAUGAAGAACGUAGGCAACACGGCAAUGCCAAUGAUGAUAAAGGUUACGAAGUUUAUGGAAACGAUGCUGAGUCAACGAGUCAGAAAACGAUUGGGGGAACGGGUUAUGUGGAGUUGGAGACGGAGAGUUUCUCUUUGGCUGAGUGCGUUCGUCUUCAGUCUCACGUCCCUGAGGGCUGUGAGUUGCUCAUCGACUCCAUGGCCAAUACUUCUUAA